UGUUUGGACUCCUGCGGACAUGGGUUCCAUGGUACAGGAUCAUCCUGGGUCUCACCUGCGCCGUGUUUGCCUACUUCAUCAUAGUCAUGUGCCUGGUGCUGUGCCACGUCCUGCACGGCCACCAACUCUACAUCCACCCAGUCCACAUCGCUGUCAUCAUCUUCAGCCUGCUAGGCUGUGUCGCUGUCACAGUUGCCGUGGAAAUGAUGUGGCAGUCUGAAUGGACGCUAGUAUUACUCUCUCAGUUCCCCUCCCUAUACUUGCCCGGCUAUUGGGAUCAGCUCUGUGGACCAUCCUAUACUUGCCCGGCUAAUUGGAUCAAGCUCUGUGAACCAGCCUAUGCUCACCCAGCUAAUGGGAUCAUGCUCUGUGAACCAGCCUAUGCUUGCCUGGCUAAUGGGAUCAAGCUCUGUGAACCAGCCUAUACUUGCCCGGCUAAUGGGAUCAUGCUCUGUGAACCAGCCUAUGCUUGCCUGGCUAAUGGGAUCAAGCUCUGUGAAACAGCCUAUACUUGCCCAGCUAAUGGGAUCAAGCUCUGUGAACCAGCCUAUACUUGCCCGGCUAAUGGGAUCAGCUCUGUGAACCAGCCUAUACUUGCCCGGCUAAUGGGAUCAUGCUCUGUGAACCAGCCUAUACUUGCCCAGCUAAUGGGAUCAUGCUCUGUGAACCAGCCUAUACUUGCCCGACUAAUGGGAUCAAGCUCUGUGAACCAACGUAUGCUCACCCAGCUAAUGGGAUCAUGCUCUGUGAACCAGCCCAUGCUUGCCCGGCUAAUGGGAUCAAGCUCUGUGAACCAGCCUAUACUUGCCCAGCUAAUGGGAUCAAGCUCUGUGAACCAGCCUAUACUUGCCCGGCUAAUGGGAUCAUGCUCUGUGAACCAGCCUAUACCUGCCCGGCUAAUGGGAUCAAGCUCUUUACAUUACAGUACCGCAUGUGAACAGUCUCCCCUGUUCUGUGUUGCAGUUACAGUACUGCAUGUGAACAGUCUCCCCUGUUCUGUGUUGCAGAUUACGGGUCCCUUCCUCCAGAUAGGAGCGGUUGUGCUGAUGACUCUCAUGACAUGGAUUAUCUCCCUUCAGUGGUUUAAACUCUCACAUUGGGCGUUGAAGCUGUUGUGGCUGACCGUGUAUGUUGCUGUGAUGAUAGGACUGUACAUAUCACCUUACUUCAUCAACUCUCCGUGUGUCGCUCACGCCGAUGACUUGCCGAGCAAACCCCUGAUACUGGCCCACCGAGGAGCAUCAGAGAUUUUACCCGAGAAUACACUGAUGGCAUAUGACUUUGCCUAUCAGGAUGGUGUGUAUGGCGUGGAGAGUGAUGUGCAGCUCAGUUUGGACUGUGUGCCCUUCAUCCUCCAUGACAAGAGUUUGGAGAGGACAACAAAUAUUAAAGAAGUUUUCCCUGACCGGGUAAAUGAUGAUCCGUCGUCUUUCAACAUGUCAGAUCUGAAAAGGCUGGAUGCUGGCUUGUGGUUUUUACAAAAUGACCCUUUCUGGACAUCCGGGGACUUGACCGAUGCUCAGCGGAGGCAUGUAGCCAAUCAGACGUUGCCUACACUGGAGGAGCUUGCACGAUUGGGCAGGAACUACAGCGACAGCGUGCUGAUGUUCGACCUGCUGGCCCCGCCACAUUCGCAUCCCUGUUACAACCUGAGUGUCAACUACACCAUACAUGCCCUCACCCAGGCGGGAUUCCCGUUACAAAACGUGUUGUGGCUGCAGUUCCAGAACAGCCGUCCCACCGGCGUCACCUUCAUUGGAGAUCGCUACAUCCCCGUCAACGAUCUCAGGAAGGACAACAUGUCCAUGGUCAACGUCCAGUACACAGAGCUGACCGACAGCCAGAUAGAGUGA